UCUAGAUUCCCACACAGAAUUCACUUAAUCCUCGUUUCUCUCCUUUUUCUUGCAUCUCUUACUAUUCCUGUCCACACUUUUUUCUUUUCCCAGUAGCCAUGGAAGAGCUAAUAAUAUAUUCAUCCUCCUCAUCAUCACUACUUUCAUUUUCCCAGGAAACUCCAUCUUCAACCCUACAGCAGAAGCUUCAAUUCCUCGUCAAAAGCCGGCAAGAAUCCUGGGCAUACGCUAUACUCUGGCAGACAUCAAACGACGACCAAGGUCGUUUGUUCUUGACUUGGGAAGAUGGUCAUUUUCACGGAACCAAAGACACAUCUGCAAAACCAUCGACGGCCACCAACUUGUCCGAUGUCCAAGCCUUACAUAAUGAACGAAGAAAGGACAUGAAAGGACUCCAAGACCUCAUCGGAGACAACCACGACAUCGACGUGUCUUUGAUCGGCGACACAGACAUCACCCGUACCGAAUGGUACUAUCUGAUGUCUCUGAGUCGAUCUUUCUCGGCCGGCGAUGGGGUUCUCGGCAAUGCUCUUAGCACUGGCUCUUUGGUUUGGUUAACCGGUGCUAUUGAGCUGCAAUUUAAUGAUUGUGAACGAGCUAAAGAAGCACAGUUGCAUGGCAUCGAAACACUCGUUUGCAUACCGACUUCUUCUGGUGUUCUCGAGCUCGGAUCCUCGGAAAUUAUCAAUGAAAAUUGGGGACUAGUCCAGCAAGUUAAAUCCCUGUUCGGGUCCGAUCAAAUUCAAAAUUCAAAUCCGAAUUUGAAUUUAGUCCCGAGUUCUAUCUCAGAGCAUUCAGAUUCCGACUGUCCAUUACGGGCCGAGAAUAAAACAGAUACAGAGAAGAUAACUCCGAAGAAACGUGGAAGAAAACCGAUUCUCGGUCGAGAAAAUCCGUUGAACCACGUGGAAGCCGAGAGACAACGCCGUGAGAAGCUGAACAGUAGGUUCUAUGCGCUCCGAGCCGUAGUCCCGAACGUCUCACGCAUGGACAAAGCAUCCUUAUUGUCCGAUGCCGUCGCGUACAUCUGCGAACUGAAGUCGAAAAUCGAGCACUUGGAAUCACGGCUUCACGAAAACUGCAAGAAAGUAAAGGUAGAAAUACUCGAUUCCAUGGAUAACCAAAGCACCACCACCACCUCAUUCGAGGAACAAGCUAGGCCAACGAGGACUUUUUCAGCCGCAACCGGCGGGUGGCGUGACCUGCAGGUCGAUAUCAAGAUCAUGGAAAGCGACGACGCGAUGAUUAGGGUUCAAUCGGAGAAUGUGAACCAUCCAGCCGCUAGGUUGAUGGCUGCACUCCGUGACUUGGAGUUUCAGGUCCAUCAUGCAAGCGUGUCGUGCGUCGACAAGCUCAUGCUCCAGGAUACCAUCGUCAAGAUCCCACAUGGAUUGAUGACCGAAGAAUCGCUCAAAGCUGCUAUUCUCCGGCGACUAGGGCAUUAAGAUCAUUUACUCAGCAUGUAAUAAGCUAAUAAUAUC